CAGUGACAGUUGGCGGAGUGAGGAGGUGCACGAGCCAAUUUGGAGAUGCUUGUCAAACCUAGUGGGAGGAUCUUCGUGGCUCUUGGUGUAAUCCUCUUUCUGGGGUGCCCAGGACAAGGAGCUCCACAAAAGGGCCAGUACAUGAGGGUCAGAUGCAAACCUGAUGCCAAUUCUGCCAACUGCGUUGAAGAAAAAGGACCAAGUUUUGUCAUGGCAGACAGGAACGCCAACAACCCACCCAAGGCAGACCCCACGCUAAUGACACUUCGAGACCAUACCAGUACUUUGCCAUUUUCUGAAGAUGAAUAUGGAUCAGGCAAUGAAGUUGAUCCCGAGACAGGGUCGGGCUUUGAGUACGAUACGGAAGAGCCCAGCACGUCUGACUUCGCGAACCAACCAAAUGUGAAUCUGAAGCUUAAGCUAACAAAUGAAGGCUUAGUUCUCCACGAAAACAGACUGUGAUUUCGGUUAUGGCUAGAUGCGAUCUUUCUUUUUACAUGCCAUAAAUUUUGAUAAAAUUUAUACCCUAGCUAGGCCAGGCAAGUACAUUAUAAAAAAAAAUUACAACCAACCAUGCAUGCCUUAAAAUGCUUAGUGCUUUUCUUUGAUAAAAUAUAGUAUUUGCAAGCUUGGGGGGGUGGGGUUAAGAUAUAGAGUAAUCUUCCAAUCAUUUGCAUUUAUCUUCUGAUAUGGAAAAAACAGAAGCAAACAUAGCAGAGCAGUUCAGCUAAAUUCAAAAUAAUAAUGCAGGAAUCAGCCAUACUAAGUAAUGAAAUCCUAGACAAACUCUCUCCAUGUGAGCAUCGUUUUGCUUCGGCUCAUAAAGUAGGAGCAGAUCAAUUCCCAGGACAAAUGAAUGGGAAUGUGCCCCAUCAUUCUGGAAUAUUUUGAGACAUAUUUUUCAUUUGCACAAGAGACCUGCCAGAACUAAUGCAAGAACCUGCUUUAUAUAUGAUCUUUGGAGAUAACAAAGGCUCAGACAAAAAAAUAGGCUUCUUCUGGUCCCCCCCCCCCAUAUAGGGGGUGUUCCAAAUUUUCCCAGCUCUUAACUUUUCCAAUCAACUAGCAUCUUUCUGAAGUCCACUAUUUAAGGUAGCUUUCUAGUCUGGGUGGAUAUGGUACAGUCUAAGUGAUUUUCAAAAACAGGAGCAAAUAAGCAGGUUUUGGGGGUGUUUGCAUUACUUUUAGAAAAGGGAGAAGCAGCAGCUUUUCAAUUUACAAAACAAUUGCCUUCCUUCAAACGUUUCCAAACAUACUGAAGAACCACGCUGUUUUAAAAUGCAUCCAUGCCUUGUUCCAUUUUUGUUACAUUGUAAAUUGCCCUUAUAUUUACCAGUCAGAUAGAUUUCAUUUUUUACUUAUCUUAAAUGCAGACAUAGCGCUUGUUUUGCAACUCUUUUAGCUACUUGUUUUCUUAUACCUGCAAUUACUGAGCUAUCUUUCUAUUAAAAUCUAAUGCAACUAAAGA